GUUCAGUGUCAAGCAUCUUCUUCAUCUGACUGCAAGCUUGGGUCAUGAUGCAGCUGAGUGCAGGGCUGCUGGUGCUGCUUGGGCUCGCAGGGUCUUUAUGCGCUCAGACUCCUCCACCUACAGUGGUCAUCAAUCUUAGCCUGAGUCCAGAAAAGCGAUGGGAGCCUCUGCAGAAAGCGUUUGAUAUAAACCGCCUGAAAAAAGCUGCAGGAGCCCUCAUUGCUUCACAGAUUCCAAAAUGGUUGCGUCAGGCAGUCAACCCUAUUGCGAUGACCCUGGAAAAAUAUGUUCCCCAGCCUUACGCCGGGGAAAUCCGUGGGAUAGCUGGCUUCAUGAAAACAAACCCCGCAGAUGUCAUGAUACUCAACUUUGCUUACGAAUUUACUGCUUACUGCACAAGCAUUGUGGCUCAGGAUCAAAAGGGGAACAUCUACCAUGGGAGAAAUUUUGAUUAUCCACAUCUAGUUCUGAACAAUCUAACCAUGAAUGUAGUCUUCUACAAAAAUGGAAAGGUAGUGUACUUUGGAACUUCAUUUGCUGGUUAUGUCGGCUUGUGGACUGGAAUGAGUCCUUACAAGUUCACUGUGUCUGGCAACCAGCGAGAAACUGAGCUCUGGUGGAAUUGGCGGAAGAAUGUUGUUUCUGCUUUGCUGUAUCAAAGUCACCCAGUCAGCUGGCUUGUGAGGGAGACCCUGGAGGAGGCCAAGGACUUUCAGGAUGCAGUCAAGCGUCUGUCGGAAACCCCCCUCAUCACUGGGGUGUAUUACAUUGUGGGUGGGGUAAGAGCAGGGGAGGGGGUCAUCAUCACCAGAGAUCGAAAGGGCCCCGCUGACACCUGGCCCCUGGAGCCACUAAAAGGAGGAUGGUACAGAGUGGAGACGAACCAUGACCACUGGCUGUCUCCUCCGCCUUCUGACCAGCGCAGAGGAGCAGCCUUCAAAGCACUAAAUGCUGUCGGUCAGAAUCGCAUCAAUAGUGAUAAACUUUAUCAGGUUCUGUCGGUGCCUCCAGUGUGCAACAGAAAUACAAUCUAUACAACUCUUAUGAGUGCAGCAACCCCCUGGGAGUACACCACAGUUAUGAGACAAAAGGGUUGUCCGAAGAAGAUCAACUGAAGUGACCAUCAGGGAGCAGUGAAUGACCUAAUUACUGUUUCUGCUGAUUAUUUGAUAGCCAGCCAGAAGUUGUGUUUUUGGAAUCAGACCCAAGAUGAUGAGAAUGUUUUUUAAAUUUGUUGUUUCAUGUCUGGUGUCAAUAUGACUUUGCAGGGUUGUUGAAUGUCCAGACAUACACAGAUUGUAUUGCCCCCUUCUAAAAUAAACACAACUAUCUUUUUAAUAACUUGAAA